AUCAAUCAAAAAGGAAAAAGAAGACGAUGUGGAAGCUUAAGUUGUCAGAGGGAAACGAUCCAUGGAUUAGAAGCUUGAACAAUAACGUUGGUAGGCAAUAUUGGGAAUUCGAUCAGAAUAGUGGAACAGAUGAAGAACGAUCUCAUGUUGAAGAUAUUCGUGAACAUUUUUCUAUGAAUCGAUUUCAUGUUAAACAUAGUUCUGAUCUCCUAUUAAGACUUCAGUUUGCAAAGGGGAAACAAAUUGAAAUGUUGGAAAAAGUGAAAAUAGAAAGUGAAGAAGAAUUAGUAAAGACAACAUUGAAAAUGGGCUUGAGAUUUUACUCAACAAUUCAAGCUGAUGAUGGUCAUUGGCCUGCUGAUUAUGGUGGCCCUCUCUUUCUUUUGCCUGGUUUGGUUAUAAGUCUAUUCAUAAUGGAAGCAAUGAAUGUAGUUUUAUCAGAAGAGCAUCAAAAGGAAAUAAUUCGUUAUUUAUAUAAUCAUCAGAAUAAAGAUGGAGGAUGGGGGUUGCAUAUAGAAGGACAUAGCACUAUGUUUUGCACAGCUCUGAAUUAUGUGGCAAUAAGACUUAUUGAUGGAGAAAAUAAUGUAAACAAUGAAGCAAUGGAGAAAGCUAGAAAAUGGAUUAUUGAGCAUGGUGGUGUCACUUAUAUUCCGUCCUGGGGAAAAUUCUGGCUCUCUGUAAUAGGAUUAUAUCAUUUUAAUUUGUUUCUCAUUUAAUUCCAAAAUAUAUAAUCAUAUUAUUAUUUUGAUGAUAUGGUAGGUCGAAUGUGGUGUCAUUGUCGAAUGGUGUAUUUAGCAAUGUCUUAUUUGUAUGGAAGGAGAUAUGUAGGUCCUAUUAAUUCCAUCAUUUUAUCACUUAGAAGAGAGCUCUAUACAACUCCCUAUCACCAUAUUGAUUGGGACUUGGCUAGAAACCAAUGUGCUAAGGAAGAUUUGUACUACCCUCAUCCUUUAGUACAAGACAUACUUUGGGAAGGUCUUCACAAAAUUGGAGAACCUCUUCUCAUGCAAUGGCCACUCUCCAAACUAAGAAAAAAGGCACUCAACACUGUGAUGGAACAUAUUCAUUAUGAAGAUGAAAAUACCAAUUAUAUUUGUAUUGGACCUGUCAAUAAGGUAUUGAACAUGCUAUGUUGUUGGGUAGAGGAUCCAGAUUCCCAGGCAAUCAAACUUCAUCUCUCAAGAAUCAAAGAUUACCUAUGGCUGGCUGAAGAUGGCAUGAAAAUGAAGGGAUAUAAUGGAAGUCAACUAUGGGAUGUUAGUUUUGGUGUACAAGCCAUACUAGCUACAAAUCUUCCUCAAGAAUAUGGUGUGAUGCUUAAAAAUGCACACCACUUCAUUAAAGCCUCACAGGUUAGAGAAAAUAGUAAUGGAGAUGCCAAGAAGUGGUAUAGGCAGCAUUCUAGAGGUGGAUGGCCUUUCUCUACUGUUGAUAAUGGUUGGAUUGUAUCUGAUUGCACUGCAGAAGCUUUAAAGGCAUCUAUGUUGCUAUCUCUGAUGCCAUUAGACAUUGUUGGAGAAGUAACAGCACCUCAUAGGCUAUUUGAAGCUGUUGAUUUGAUUCUUUCUCUUCAGAAUAGCAACGGUGGAUUUGCUUCCUACGAGUUAACAAGAUCUUAUGCAUGGCUUGAGAUGAUUAAUCCAUCAGAAACAUUUGGGGACAUCACUAUUGAUUACCAGUAUGUGGAAUGUACAUCUGCAGUAAUUCAAGCUCUUCAAUCCUUCAAGAAAAAUUACCCUAAACAUAGAGAGAAGGAAAUAGAAGCAUGUAUUAACAAAGCUCUCCAAUUUAUUCAAACUAUUCAACUUCCUGAUGGCUCAUGGUAUGGUUCAUGGGGAGUUUGCUACACCUAUGGAACAUGGUUUGGAAUAUGUGGGCUGGUUGCUGGUGGCUACACUUAUGAAAAUUGCAAAAGCAUAAGAAAGGCUUGUCAUUUCCUAUUGUCCAAACAACUACAACCUUCUGGUGGUUGGGGAGAAAGCUAUCUCUCAUCUCAACACAAGAUUUAUACGAACCUUGAAGGGAAUAAACCACACAAUGUGAAUACAGCUUGGGCCAUGUUGGCUCUUAUUGAAGCUGGCCAGGGCAAAAGAGAUCCCACUCCACUCAAACGAGCUGCUAAAAUUCUGGUAAAUUCUCAAAUGGACAAUGGAGAUUUUCCACAACAGGAAAUAAUUGGAGUAUUCAACAGAAAUUGUAUGAUAAGCUACUCAUCCUACAGAAAUAUUUUCCCCAUAUGGGCACUUGGAGCUUAUCUUAAUCAAGUACUAUUAUCUUCAAAAGAGUAUCAUGAAUAGCUUGUUACACUUACAGUUGUCAUUAUUCUUCAAAUAAUAAAUUAAUGUAUAGUUUUGUACAUCAC